GACUAUAUAAGAGGCUGGACGACAUACACCAGUCCUGAAGUCAGAAGCUAACCUUCUACCAAGACGUCCAAAAACCCCAGGGCAAUGUUUUGGUUCAGUCUUGUGGCUCUUGUGCUGCCUUUGGUCAGGACCAGUCUUCCUCGAGAUGAGGCGCUGGACUCUGAAUGGGAGAUGUGGAAGAAGACUCAUAGCAAGCAGUAUAAUGGUCAGCUGGAUGAGAUUAGAAGACGUCACAUCUGGGAAAAAAAUCUGAAAUUCAUCCACAACCACAACAAAGAGUAUUCUGAGGGGAAGCACGCGUAUGAUCUGGCCAUGAACCCACUAGGAGACAUGACCAGUGAAGAAAUAGUUCAGUCCAUGACUGGAUUAAGGAUCCCCUCCAAUCGUCCAUCUAAUAACACGUAUGUAGCAGACUGGAAAGCCAGAAUCCCAAAGUAUAUUGACUACAGGAAGAAGGGUUACGUGACCCCAGUGCAAAACCAGGGCGCCUGUGGAUCCUGUUGGGCCUUCAGCUCAGUGGGAGCACUUGAGGGACAACUCAUGAAGAAGACAGGGAAGCUGGUGUCCCUCAGCCCUCAGAAUCUGGUGGACUGUGAUACAGAUAACUAUGGUUGUGGGGGAGGAUACAUGACCAAUGCGUUCGGCUACGUGAGGGAUAAUAACGGCAUAGAUUCUGAUGCUUUUUAUCCAUAUAUUGGUCAGGAUGAAGGCUGUCUGUACAACCCAUCUGGAAAAGCUGCUGGCUGCAAGGGCUUCAAAGAGAUUCCCAGAGGGGAUGAGAAGGCCCUCAAAGGGGCGGUGGCCCAGGUUGGUCCUGUGUCUGUCAGCAUUGAUGCCAGUCUUCCUUCUUUCCACUUUUACAGUAAAGGGGUCUAUUAUGAUGAAAACUGUGACCCUGAAGGCAUUAACCACGCUGUCUUGGCGGUUGGCUAUGGAAACAUAAGGGGCACAAAGCACUGGAUCAUCAAAAACAGUUGGGGUGAGCAAUGGGGCAGGAAGGGCUACAUCCUGAUGGCCCGAGAAAAGAAGAACGCCUGUGGCAUCGCCAACCUCGCCAGUUUCCCAUUGAUGUGAGCAGCAAAUCCAUAUAACACAAGAUGGCCAUCAUGUGUCUGGUCUUCCUACGGUGUUCAAUCCACUCAUCCUGUCCGUGAAAGGGGGUCUCCAGACAUAGGAUCAUACCAUGAGGUCUACACGUCUAAUAAACUCUCU